AUGAUGUCCGGGUUUCGCCCGGCUACGGGCCGGUUCCUGAGGCCUUCCCAAACAUACACUUGUAAUUUGCGACUAUAUCGAAUAUCAAGAUGUGGCUUCCAUACCGAUGGCCGGAGUCGAGUAUCCAACUUUUGGAUGCCGACGGAAAGGAUCCCAAAGAAGAAGACGGUUGUUGAGACAGGGGAUGUGAAUGACCUGCUGGUCCAGGCCUCUUUCUUCCGAAAGGCUUACUCGGGGAUCUUUCAUAUGCUGCCUCUAGGAUUGCGGGUACAAGACAAGUUAGAACGGCUUAUUGACCGGCACAUGCAGUCAUUAGGCGCCUCAAAGGUUUCGUUGUCUUCAAUCUCGGCGCAGGAGCUCUGGGAGCAGUCUGGGCGGCUGAAGGAAGGCUCUGAAGUUUUCCGCUUCCUGGACAGAAAGGAAUCUCGAUUUCUCCUUGCGCCUACGCACGAGGAGGAAAUCACUACCCUGGUGGGGAGCCUCAGUAAAUCAUAUCGAGACCUACCCAUUAGGGUGUACCAGAUUUCCAGGAAGUACAGAGAUGAGCCAAGGCCACGGCAAGGCCUACUUCGUGGUCGAGAGUUCAUCAUGAAGGAUCUUUACACUUUCGACCAUAACGUCGAGAAUGCUCUGAAAACGUAUGAGCUAGUGAGGAGCGCUUACACAAAUCUGUUCAACGACUUGAAAGUCCCGUAUUUAAUGGCUGCUGCGGAUUCGGGCAACAUGGGUGGAAACCUGAGUCAUGAGUUCCACUUCCUCAGCACGAAAGGCGAAGAUACCAUUGUCAGCUGCUCCAACUGCGACAGCGUGUACAACGAGGAACUGGCAGAUGGAAAAGCCCACGAAAUUUCACAACAUCAACACUCGGCUGAUUCAGCCCCUGGGUUUGACGUGGAAGGCCGAGCCCCCUCAACUGGUUCGAGAGUUUCGACAGGCCUUUGGAUGGCGAUUUCAAAGGAUAAGAGGACGUUGCUUCGUGGUUGGUAUCCUGAGUUCACCGUGCAAGGUGACAACACGGACCCCGUGAGUAGGGAGGUCAACUCCCACGCCGUCAAAUCCAUUGCCAGCGCCGCAGGCAUUGAACUUGAUAUCAGCGUGGAAAAUCCACUGGAGCAAUGGGCCGCGUAUGUGAAGUCCACUAAGGCAGUUUCUAAUGGUCCAACAGAGCCUCCACAACUGCUGGAUGUGUAUGACUCGCUCGUGCAUGUUUACAAUAGGCCGCCGCUCAAUAUCCUUCAUGAGGCUGGCUGCGCCGAUGAGGACAUAGAGUUUCUGCGGCUGGACACGUUCCCAGGAACUAGCCACAAGCUGAACCUAAUCAAAGUCCACGACGGCGACCAAUGCCCCAAAUGUACGCAGGGCGCGCUGCAAACGCACACAGCCGUUGAGCUAGGUCACACGUUCCACCUUGGAACGAGGUACAGCGAGGUCCUCGCGGCGUCUGUCAAAAAUGAGGGAGGUGCUGUGGUGCCAAUGCAAAUGGGCUGCCAUGGGAUUGGGGUCUCCCGAAUGAUUGCCGCGGUCGCAGAUAUUCUUGCGGACACCAAGGGCCUGAACUGGCCCAGGGCUAUUGCACCAUUUGAGGUACUUGUUGUCUCCACAGAGGGUCAGGAAGAGGUCGGCGAGAGGGUCUAUGACGAACUCGUCUCCGACAAAGCCUCACCGGUCGACGCUAUUCUUGACGACCGCAGCGAUAAGCAGAUGGGAUGGAAACUUGGAGAUGCAGACCUCAUCGGAUACCCGGUAAUUGUCGUCAUAGGCAAGGGCUGGAAGAAACAACAGACAUUGGAAGUGCAAUGUCGGCGCUUAGGAGUGCGACGGGAUGUGGCUUUCGAGGACCUGUCGUCGGUCGUGGAGUCGCUAUUGGCACAGUUGUAG